UCUGAAUCCAUGGUAAUCUCCUCGUGCCAGUACAGGUUUGUGCUUGAAAGUGAGUCUGGCGCCUCGUGGCAAGACACAUACGAGUCACAUGGCGGCGGUUAAUUGAGCCGCAGACAACAAGAGUUAAUUCGACUACGCCGCAAAUAGGUUAAUUAAAGUGAGGCGCUCGUCCACCUCUACACCUGCCUGCAGGCCACGUGCACCUGACGUCACUGGAGCAGCUUGCAGAGCGGGGUAUCAGCUGCAGCAGCUGGUGGCGGCAGUCAGGCUGUUGGCGCUCGGGUGGGCGGGGCCCACAGCUGGUGCGCGCGCUCAUCCCCGAGGUUGGACUCAAAGACUUUCGGUUUUCUUCAAGAGCGGGAUCAGCUUUGGGUGUGAUCUUACGCGCGUGCUGUCAUGGGCUCUAGUUUCGCGAGAGAGAUACAUAAGAACAAUGUGUUUUAGAUAGCAUCCGUGCCACUAGCAACAUCCAGAUUCUACUUCUUGACACUUUCUCGAAAGAAAUCCAGACAAAACUCAGUAACAGCAUACAAGGUCUCAGACCGCUGUUUACAGUGAAUAUGCUUAAGUUCAAGCAGCACAACAGAUCUUUGAACACAGUUUGAAAUACUUUUGAAAACGCCAAACUCUGAAUAGUUCUGUCAACAGAUAGUCGGUAGACAAACAUCACGGGCUGAGUUCUUACCGGUAUGAGGUGUGACUAAUGACAGUAACUGGAAGCAAGUCAUCUGAUGUGUGUCUGAAUUCUACCUGAGACAUUACGCUCCAGUGUCUGAGAGAAUCUCAGAUUAUUGUUUCCUCACCGUCAUCCUACUUUCACUUGUAGUAGCGGCGACUGGACUGUAUAGUGGUGUGCUGAGACCACGUGACCUGCUAAUUCAUUCACCACAAAAUGACAAGAACGAUGUGUAAAAAGAUAUGUCAGCUUCUGUGACAGCAACACUGGUUACACACCACUCUAAGGUCGUCAGAUCUUUUAAAACUUGUUUAAAUAAAUACAGACUACAUCGUCUUUUGACAGUACUUCUUGUGACAAUGUGACAGUGUGCCGUUAAUGCAUCUUAUGACAGUGCGCUGUUACUGACAUGUCUCGUGGCAGCAGCUGUCUUCAACGCACACUUUCAACGUCUUCUACCCAACUGACAGCCGGAGGAAAACGCUCCGGGUUUCCAGCAAAUUUCUCAAAUCAGUAAACUAAGUAGUUGAACAGUCUGAUAUUUUGUCACUACUCAGUUACUACGACAACUACACGCCGAAACAUCGUGCUGCCACCUGAAGUCACUACAAGAAGGCAACAAAAUGGAAGCGUUUCUACCUGUUGUUAACCAGACAACACUAUCCUCAAGCCAACUGUUCAUGAAUGAGACUUCACUGGCCGUGACGUCAGCAGCGACAGCGCUGGACACCAACAUGACGUCAUCUCUUAACGUCACGGGCAACGGGACAAUGGGCGAUGUGGACCGGAACCAGACCGGUAGCUAUGGACGCUAUGGAGCCAUUGAACAGUUCGCCCUCUUCUGGGCCGCGUACUACAUAAACCACUACUAUCUGGUGGUUGUGGCCGCUGUUGGCUUUCCUGGCAACUUGCUGAGUCUCUUCACCAUUCUCAAGAUGAAGCCCUUUACAUCACCUUCUAUCUAUGUCGCCGCUCUGGCCAUCUCUGACAACCUUUGUCUCAUCGCCAAAACAUUUCUUUUGCAGUUAACCAAGGAGGAUGUCAACGUGGGGCCAGCAGGCUGUAAAACACUCUACUAUAUGGGCAAUGUCUUCUCCAUAUUCUCCAACUGGAUUCUUGUCCUCAUGACGGUGGAGAGGUUCCUGGCCAUUCGUUUCCCCCUCAAGAUCGGAGCCCUUUGUACCCGGCGCCGCUCCAUGAUGACUCUUGUGUUGCUGUUUGUGUGUGUGAUGGCCCUCAACAUCAUCUACCCUGUCGCCGCCAAAGACCAAAUAAACGGCAACGACUGGAUUUGUAUCUUUGGCAAAGAGUUUGACCAGCUCAUGGAAAAAGUGUGGUACUGGGUAGACGCGUUCUUCUACUCCAUCAUCCCCAGCAUCCUGCUCAGCAUCUUGAACACACUUAUUAUCCUGGGCAUUCGACGGGCCACUGUCAUCCACCGAGCGCUGACAGAGGAUGGUGGCAGCCGGAAGACAGCCUCUGGCCAAGCAGCAGAGAAGGUGCGUCAGCAGCGUCAGAUAACCAUCAUGCUCUUCGUCCUCUGCGUCGUCUUCGUCGUGCUGACGUUGCCCAACUCCGUCUUCUUUGUGUAUCAGCGGUACUGGGACUACAGUGUAUCUACGUACGAGACUGCCAAGUACCUUUUCGUAAAGCAGAUUAUCUUCCUUCUCUCGGACAUGCCGCACGCCAUCAACUUCUUCGUCUACUUCAUCUCGACCAAGAAGUUCCGCGACCGAUUCCUGGACACCAUCUGUUGCCGACUUUCGCGGACCCGCCAUGUUUCCAGCUUCACCCACACAGCACAUUCGCAGCUGUCGGAGACCGGAAGUAUCUACGUCACGGGCACAUCGAAUAAUGGCGUCAUUCCCAUGCACGUCAGGAAUGGCAGCAGACUGUGAAGCGGUCCUCGUCCACGUCACAGGUGACGUCACUGGAGACGUGACCCACGGCCAGAUGUUUGAGUCACUGUGACGUGUCUAUGGCUAUACUUGGUAGGACGUGACGGGAAACACAACUGACAAAAGCAAACCAUUGGCUGACAGCAGAUACUUGGACAAGACCUGACCAAUCCUCAGCCACUAUACGACUUUUGACCUGUUGGCAAUGUUCUGUUUGAACACGUCACACUCGCACACCUGUGGAGUUUACACGGUGACAAUUCCGCGUGCAGACGGCAGAGGUGCUGGUGUGUCUUCUGCCUAACAUCCUCCAUUUCUUGAUAGACAUGGGGAACAUUUACGCUGCACUGGACUAUUCUCUGUCUCUCUUGCUUCUAAAUAAUUUGAAACAUUGUAUCCAACUGUAGUUGUGUUUGUGUCUCAUUCAUGACAUGCUUCAGUCUUUCUUCCGGUAGCUUUGAUAGUUGAGUUAUUGUGAAAGUUCGACCUUAUGUGUCAAAAGUAGCGUGUCAACAGGCUGUUAAUAUUAUUGUCAAGUGUAAUCUGUCACGUGUGCAGUCCAGUCACGUGUGUAGGUUUAGUCCAGUUUUGUGUGUGUAUAUUCUCUGUCUUGAGUCUGUGACAUUGCGAAUCUGCAGAUGGUGAAGUCCAAAGAUGGACAACUGCUGAAGUCUGCAAACAUGCUCAGGUUGGGCGCAGAUAAAUAAUGUCAUCUGCACAAAAACUCAUUUUCUGCUUCGUUUUGUCUUGUGGUGGGACGUUGGUCUUUAGCACAGUGUUAAUAAAGCAACGGCAAUACUAGAACCUUCGUUGAAGAGUGGAAUGCUAAAGAACCAAUUUCUUGCAGAUUCUUUGUGAUGCCUAACUCUUCUUCCUCGCUUGUAAAGAUUUCCCAACCCUCUAGGAGUUAGUUACUCAAUGUACAGCGGAGUCGAGUACGCUGCAUCAUGGGAAUAUCCAACAGGUGUGCACGUGCUGUAGUCCAGUCUGUCCGCUGUCCCGUCACGGUGCUGGAGAUUCUGUGAUGUGCGUCACACAGGUGUCUCUGGUCUUUUGUAACGACUGUUUCGACAACAAGACUUGUUCAGAACAGUCAACAGCGAAACUGAAAACGUUUCUGACAAGGCUGACUCUGAGAAAGUUGUUGUCCUGCUCACCACUCACGAUUGUAUGAGCACCACUACCAUCCUCAUCAUCCACUGGAGGCUUUAGUGUCCAUCUACCUGCUGGAGUGAAAUUUUACCUAAAGCUAAACGCCUUCCUUCCCACUUUUCUCUUUUUUCCUUCAUUAUUUCUUUCAAACUGUCUUCCUGAUCUUCUACUUCCUCCACAUUUUCAGUACUUUCUGCUCAGUUUAAUAAAACUAUUUAAAAUACCACAGCUCAGACACGCAGACAGUCACACAGAAUGAGAAUGAUGCACAGAGCACGGUGUGUGUGUGUGAUUAAAUGUUUAUUUGAAACCUGGUUAUCUGUUGACAUGGCGAGUGAUUAUCUAACAGGUGUGUUGUUAUCUGUUUGCGGUGUGUGAUUAUUUAUACCGCAUGUGAUAAUCUGUUUAUAUGGUCUGUGACUCGCUUUUUGCGUGGUGUGUUUACGUUUACGUGUUUUUGUUUAUGUGUUUUGCGUCGUUAUCUGUUUAUGUUAAGAGCUGCUUCUUGCCAUCAUUGCUCUCUUCUUUCUGCUGUUUAGAUCAUCUUGCCACCGCCGACUCCUCUUUAACCUCCUGAUGCCUUCUUAUAAUGGACUGAGAUAUCAACAUCAACUCGCUGCCUCGCUAUAAUUCCUUCCCUCGCCCUCGCCCUCCCUUCCCUUGUGUGUGUGGGUGUGGGUUUGUGGGUGCUUGAGUAAGUGCGUAGAUAUUUCAUCUGGAUAAGUCUGGAUCGUGUGUGCGUGUAAGCGUACGAAUUUAUAUUUCAAUGUGGUCUGUGAAUAAUAUCAAUGUGUCCCUCUCUCUUCACUGCUAGAAAUGUUUACAAAUUUCAAAGCUGGACUCAAGUCAGUAUAUCAAUGGACAAUGUUUAAACUAUACGAUGCCAAGGACGCCCCGCCUCCUUUCAGGUAACUUCAGUGCAAUGACCGCACACGGAAUAGUUAGUCUCCGCAUACAUUGCACCUGAACACGUGUACCCACGACUACACACACCCUUUGAGGUAUAAAACUGAAUUUCUCACCAUGAACUGUUUAAAGACAUUUUCGUUCAGCACUUGGUCUAAGCUUCAUGGCUGCCUGGCAUACCAUCAUGCAGCUUCUAGUGUUUUCAGGGCAGGCCACUGGCAUCGCCCUUAUCUAGCAUCGCAUUAUCUACCUUGACUCGACAUUCGGCCUCUUCCUCAUCGCCAGCCGCCACUCACCAAUCGUAUUUGACUGAAGAGUGCUCUCCCAUGGGAAAAGCAGAUAUGCAAAUGAAGGCAGCACGUGAGCGAGAUGUAGACAGCGGGGCCAUGGCUUGAGAGCUGCUGACAAUGCCACCUUGCCUGCUUCCUGCCCUGUCUAGUGAAUCGUUAAGCGUCUGCUGAGGUGAGAGAUGGAGGUUGGUGGCCAACAGCUGGAGGAGGACCUGAGCAUCGUGCUGAGCGUUUGACAGAAAUGUUUACCACGCUGACCUCGGAUGAGACUGACCUUACGUGUUGUCUCGCUAAAUUACAUUUGAAUUGGUAGUUAGGAAUAAAUUUCAAAUCGUGUAAUCCCUUCGUUCUUUGUAAAAUGAGGACAACGUUGACGGUUGGAUAAAAUGAGAACAAUGUGUGCAGGACUAAAUAGAGAGCUUGGUACAGAGCUUGCGCUUUGGUUAAGAAUCUCGACAUGUCCACGUGGUUAACGUAUGUUCUCUUUGUAAAAAUCCAUAUACACUAGAAAUGAAGUCUACAAUAUACUUUCCUCAGCCUUAAAAAAAUGUAUAAAUGGGCAAAAAGUAUGGGUCGUCAUGGAGACUGAUGGAAUCUUCAACCUGAUGUCCGCGUCGGGUGCUUCUUGCGUGUCAUCAUGUCCUGAAUCCAUCCUCUUUCCCCCCUUUUUUAGGUUCUUGAACCGUUUGUGCGAGUCUGUGUCUUCUUUGCCUUUGAUAUUCCUUCCUUUGUCCACUGUUCACUGUGACAUCUACUCUUUUAACACUAACCGAGUGAAUGUGAGCAGUAUCUCAUCUUAUCCCACUUCAAUAGUCGAGCGUUGCUUGAACUUUCAGGAACAAUAUGCAGACUCAGCAAUUUCUUUACAUUCUCUCUCUCUCACUGUUUGUAGUGUGUGGUUCGCCUUGUAAAAAUAUCAAUUUGCUUGCAUCUACCCUCUGAGUUUCACAAUGGAAAAAACAUUAGGGUUUCUUCUUUAAUAGCAAGACGUUCGCCUCGAUAUGGAGACAAUGAUGAUGAUGGCCAUCUUGUGAUGGCGGUGGGUUGUGUUGGCAGCUGCAGAGAGUCGUGUUUUACAGACGGCCAUCACUAUCAGCAGACUCCAUUAAAAGAGGCAUAAUCAACUCAGCACCGUCUAGUGUUAGUUGUGACACUUGUUCUCCGAUGUCCAUAUGCAGCCACCUGGCAGCUCCUGUGUGAUGUGUGUGCGUGCGCGCACGUGUGUUACGUGUCUCCGUGUUCUAUUGCGAUCUUCUGUAGGUUUCAGCAUCCUGUGCAGGUCAGUUUGUAGGAGUUUACAUUAUUCUGCUUCGAGUCUUUUUUUCUAUUUUCAUAUAGCAUAUUUCUUUCUGUUGACGACGACGAUGGACAAUGAUGAUGAAGAGGAGGAGGAAUGUCGAUUUCAAAUUUACUGUAUUUAAAAGUUUUGUCCCUCAUGCUAUUCAGUUUGUUAGAAUAAAUUGUGUUGUAACCAUGAUUUGUAUUUUACAACCUUUAUUUAAGUCGUUUAUUUCCAUCGUCAUUAUAGGUGGGUAUACUGCUUUCGCAAAGAUAUUUUUAAACCUUCCGACAAUCUCGUAAAAUGCAUUUUUAUGAAAACUUUAUCGACGUUCACCGAAGACUGACUUUCUCGCCACUUGCAUCCAUCAUGGACGAUGGGGAGCAGGUCCUUCACGUUCGUAAACCAGUUGUUACUCAGACCUCCACGGUGUUGACCUGCCUCCAAGGUAUCUUGAGGGAUAACCUUCGACAAACUGUCGAUUCGGGUCACGUGGCUAAAUUCGACGAGCUGACUGUUGCAAAUAGAGAUGCCUGAUGUCUUUUUGUCUCUCCUCUUUGCUAACAUGCUUAGACUAGUGAAACCCGGUGAUGUAAUUAGUCGUCUCCUGCUUUCUCUUCAGCUGUGUGUGAUAUGUGAAUUGCUGUUUGUGUUGUGUCCCCACAUACACGAUGUUACUGGUCCAGCAGUUGCUGAGUUGGUGUCAGAAUCAUCAUCGUGUGGAUGCUCUCGCGACCUUUGAUCCCUGCCAUUCCGCCGAGCGCUACAUGCAGUGGAAGUGUAUGAUGUUGGUAAAGUCUGUCAAUAAUAGGACCUCAUGCUUGCCAGUCCUCGCCAUCACUUGCCACUGUUGAGUUUUUGUUUUGUUCUAAAGCUACAACUAUUCUGUAAACCACGGUCAUCCCAACUGCAUACUCCACUUUGUUUAUUUGGGGCUGGAAGGUGUAACCAGGUACAUAAUUUUUCCUUAUUUAAACAAAAGGGCUGACUAACACUUGUAGAAUAUAAUGAAACUGUUAGAGAUCAUCAAUCAGCCAUUGUAUUACUGUUAUGGUAGAGAUCUUGUCUGCGUCUGAGCAGCAAAAUAAUUGAAGAUUUGGCGAGAGAUAUUAGUAUCUCGUUUACGAGUUCCUGAAUAAGAUCAACAAACCUGCUGACCAACACCUCUGUCAAUGUCUCCGUCUUGCUUGUAAAUAAAUGUCUCUCGAUGUAUGUAUUGAGUUGAAAGCCUGAAGAAAACAGAUUAGCACCAAAAGACGAAGGCCUGUGUACACUAACUUUUACUGUACCUGUGAUUUCAGGUGCCGAUCAUGUCAGUCUACUAUGUAAAUCUCAAAAUCUUGUGGCAUAGUAUUCUGGUAUUCAUCUUAUCCUGCCUGCCUGAUGAAAAUAUUGAUACCGCAUUGUAGAAUACAUCCCUCAAUGCUCACAUUGCUUUAUUAUAUGUGAGGAACUCAUUUGAUGCUUCUAGUCAUUCGUAACUUACUUCUCCGGAUUCUGUAGGAAAAAAAAUUGUCUUCAUUGUGUAAAGGUUGUUUAUUUAAUUUCCAAUAAAGUUGUCUGCGCACACAGACACCUGA